AUGGUAGAACAAGAUGAACAAGCAUUAGACGCAGCCAGGUCAGCGACGGUUCGGCGGAAACCUGUGCCUGCGCGCCCACCACCUCCGUAUCCUACCAAGAAACUAAGCUUGGUGGACCGAUGGAAGAACCUCUCACGACGGACUCGAAUCAUAGUCCUCGCAGCUAUCCUCGCCACCAUUGCCUUGGUCGUUGGCCUCGCCGCUGGCCUGUCGACGCGCAAACAUACCCAAAACCUCCCUCUACCGUCCGGACACGGCGGCCCCUACACAGGCGAUCUGACCUACUACGAGCCGGGCCUCGGUGCGUGUGGUGUCACGUCCAGCAAUAAAGACAAGAUUGUGGCAAUAUCUCAUAUCGUGUUUGAUGCCGUGAGCACAGGUAGCGAUCCCAACAGCAAUCCACUGUGUGGGAAGAAGAUCAGAGCACGGCGAGAUAACAAGAGCGUGGAUUUGACGGUGGUCGACAGAUGCACUGGAUGUCAUCCCAAAGACAUUGAUGUCACAGUCGAUACCUUUGCCAUGCUGGCUGAUGUUGAUCUCGGUAGAGUACUUGUCGAAUGGAACUGGUUGGAGAAUAUACCUGCGAAGGCGGAAGGGUGA